GUUGCUCAGCUGUUUUGAAGAAUCGACGCGGCUACAGCCGCCUGGCAGUGACUGCUCGUGAUUCGACGUGUGAUCGCUGUUUUCACGUCCAAACGCGAACAGAUGUGGAGUGACUGUCCAAAUUUCUGACAUAUCUUAACCACGAUUCUUUAAACAGGAUCUUUUUUCUACGUUAUUAAUAAUACUUAACGUUAAUUCGUGAGUGAGUGUGUAAUAUUUGCCUUAUACAAUCAAAAAACGAAAUAUACACAAAAACAAAAAAGAAGAAGAAGAAGAAAAAGAAGACAAAAAAAAAGAAAAGAAAUCGCCAUGAGCGAGUUAACUCAAGAAGAAAUGAGAAGAAGGCGAUUAGCGCGGUUAGUGGGUUUAGACACCAGUUGUCCAACUAACAACUCUAGUAACAAUGGAGGUACGAUAUCUCCAAGUACACCAGGCCCAUCAAAUCCAUUUGUAGGAUCUAUAAUGUCUCCAGCUAUACAACAACAAUUUAAUAAUCAAGAAAUUCCAAUGGAGGUUGAAGAAACUAGUGAGAAACAAUCUGGUGUAGAUGUUGAUUCUGGAAUUGAAAAUAUGGAAGUUGAAGAUUCGGACAGAAAAGUGUCACGUUCACGUACAACAAGUUCUAGCACAGAAGUGACCACUGAACAAAUUCAUAUUGUUAUAUCACGAGUAUUGUGUGUAUCGUGGAAAGAAUCGUUAGAAGGAACAGUAAUUUUACCAGACAUGUCAGCUUACGCACUCAUUCACAAAUUAACCGAUGUCGCGGACAUUAUCAAUCAAGCUAUUAUGGAAGUUUUAUAUAUGUUUUCAAGAGGAGAAGAUCCAUUUAAAAAAAUAAUUUCAGAAAUGUCAUCCGAUCGUGAAGACAGUCCGAACAGCCAAACAAGUCCUUUGUUGAGUCCAGUAAUGACUGCACCAUCGUAUCAAUUACCAACAUUACCAUUACCUGCUGGAAGUAAAUCAUUGCAGCCUAAAAGUCUUAUUUAUUUAUUAGAUUCAUAUUCGCGAGUUGCAAUAGAAGAACGUAAUCAUCCUAAGCGAUCAAGUAUACCACCACUUUCUGAUGUACUAUCAACUCUGCGAGCUCAAUGUGUUCAAUACUCAAGUCUUGUUUUACAAGGUCUUAUAGGGAUUUGUCAAAACUCUGUUACACCAGCUUAUAUCUCACCACUUCUUCAUCCAAUGCUCUCGCAGAGUUUGCCCCGCGGUUACUUGCACGAACUCGUAGCUAGAACACAUACGAAUUCAAAUAUCUUCAGUAAAAUUUUCACCCCUUUACUGCAAGGCCUCUAUCUUUCAAUGCAACAAGCUAGUCUGGUUGGUAAUACACAUCGAAGACCUAUAGAAGCACUUGAAGAACUGAUAGAGAUUCGUUGUGGACCUAACGGCAAUAUACGUCCCAUAUGUCGUCUAAUCACCCACCAAGCACAAUUUUUACCUGAUGUAAUGACGAAUGCUGCUGGAAGAGAACUUACAAGGACUUCAUUUCUCGGACCAUUUUUAUCAAUUUCUGUGUUUGCUGAAGAUCAACCUAAAGUAGCCGAAAAAUUCUUUAGUGGAAAUCCAUUUACUGAUAAAUCAAUGAAUUUAACAUUACAGCAAGAAUUAGAAAGCACGAGAACUUCUUUCCACAAAAUGCUUCAUGCGAUACUAGCAAAUAGUAAUUGCCGCGAUGCUAUGUUAGCAUAUUUAGCAGCAUUAUUACGUCACAACGAAAAGCGUGCCCAAAUACAAACUGAAGAGUUUUCGCUUGCUGGAGAUGGAUUUAUGCUAAAUUUACUCUCAAUAUUACAAAUGCUCUCGGUUAAAGUCAAAUUGGAUACGAUUGAUCCUUUGUAUCCAUUUCAUCCUUCUAGUUUCGUUGAAAUAAAAAAUGACACAAGACUGAAACUUUCUUCUCAAGAAGUUACAGAAUGGCUAAAGGAAUUAGAAAAAACACAUAAGUGGGUUGAAGCUAAAUUUCCAACACAAUGUUGGUUUCUUACAUUGCACUGUCAUCAUAUAGCAUUGUUACCAGCUUUACAAAAGUAUCAAAGAAAAUUAAGAGCUCUGCGUGAUUUGCAAAAAAUGAUCGAUGAAUUACAAGCAUCCGAACCUCAAUGGAAAGAUGCUCCAUUUGCUGGACACAACAAAGAAUUGUUAAAGCGAUGGAAACAGCAACUAAAACGUCUUGGUAAAUCCAAAUCAUGUGCAGAUGCUGGUUUGAUCGAUCCUGUGCUUCUAAGGAGAUGUUUGCAUUUCUAUAUUUCUGUUGCUGAAAUUUUACUUAGUCUUUUGACACAGAGCUCAGCUAGUAGUCCGUUUCUUGAACUUCCCUUGUCACAAGAAAUUCCACAUAAAUUUACAGCCCUACCAGAAUGGUAUGUGGAGGAUAUUGCAGAAUUUUUAUUAUUUACUAUUCAAUUUUGUCCAACAGUAAUAGUAAAUAAUAUGGACAAUUCAUUGAUUACAUGGUUACUUGUGGUAGUAUGUACACCACAUUGUAUACGUAAUCCAUAUUUAAUUGCAAAAAUUAUUGAGGUUUUAUUUGUAAUUAAUCCUAAUGUUCAAGGUAGAACAGAAACAUUACAUGAUCAAGUUAUGGCACACCCAAUUUCUAAGACGUAUUUGGCGUCUUAUCUCAUGAAGUUCUAUACUGAUGUUGAAACAACUGGUUCCAGCUCAGAGUUCUACGACAAAUUCUCUAUUCGUUAUCAUAUUAGUUUAAUUCUAAAGUCAAUGUGGGAUAGUCCAGUACAUCGGGCGUCUAUUGUAAAUGAAAGCAAUAAUGGCAAUCAAUUUGUUAAAUUCAUUAACAUGUUGAUGAAUGACACAACUUUCCUACUUGAUGAAAGUUUAGAAUCAUUAAAACGUAUACAUGAAGUUCAAGAACUGAUGUCUGAUCUCAAUGCAUGGUCUGCUCUUUCUGAAGAACAACAACAAUCACGAAAAAGACAAUUGACAGCGGACGAACGACAAGCUAGAUCUUAUUUAACGUUAGCUAAAGAAACAGUUGCCAUGUUUCAUUAUUUAACUGUUGAUAUCACAGAACCAUUUUUGCGUCCAGAAUUAGUUGGAAGAUUGUGUGCCAUGUUAAAUUUUAAUUUACAACAAUUGUGUGGACCUAAGUGUAAAAAUUUAAAAGUGAGAAAACCACAAAAAUAUGGGUGGGAACCACGGACGUUAUUAAGUCAGUUGGUUGAUAUAUAUUUACAUCUUGACUGUGAUAAUUUUGCGGCUGCUUUGGCUAGCGACGAGCGAUCAUUUUGCAAAGAAUUAUUUACUGACGCUGCAAAUAGAUUACAAAAGUCUGCAAUAAAAACAACCACUGAGAUUGAAAGGUUUAUAGCACUUGCUGAACGAGCAACAGUGAUCGCAAGAGAUAAUCGUGCACGUGACGAAGAUUAUGGCGAUGCACCAGAAGAAUUUCGAGAUCCUUUAAUGGAUACUCUUAUGGAAGAUCCUGUUAAGCUUCCAUCUGGUAUUGUUAUGGAUAAAGCUGUUAUUAUAAGACAUUUAUUGAACAGUGCAACAGAUCCUUUUAGCCGUCAACCACUUAGCGAGGAUAUGCUUACACCAAUGGCCGAAUUAAAAGAAAGGAUAUCUAUAUGGAAACAACAAAAGAAAAAACCAACAAAUAUUUAAAAGGUGCUAAUUAGAAGAGCCUUUUUAUAUCAACAUCACCUUACCACAUAGAUUGCAUUGAUACAACAUGGUACUAUUUAUCAGUUAAUGGACGUAUCAAUCUAAUGUGGUAGAAGUGCAUUAGUGCAAUGAUCUCGCUACUGUGCAACUGUUGCUCUCAAUAAAUUUACAGUUUUUAUACAAUAAAUAUAAAACAGACUGCAGCUAGGAAACUGCCUCUAUUCCUCUAAACAUAUUCUAGGAACAUGUAUAUAAAUACUAGCUAAGUGCUAGUGUCCAAAAUUAAAUGUUACUCAAAAAGUAUGCUUUUCCUUCCUUUGUAUGUUUCUUGAUGUAGAUGGCUGCGGAUAAAGAAUGUAUCAAAGUUGUAAUUGCAUAUUACAUUGAAUAUGCUAUUUUAAAUAUUAUGGAAUAGAAGUAUUGGUAUGUAUCUCAGAUUUUGAUUAAUCCAAUUUUUGGGAGUAAAACGAUGUUAUUUAAGAUAAAAUUUAUACAUAGAAUUUGUAAUUAGAGAUUUCAGGAGAAUUUAUAACAAAUGAAUUUCUCAUUUAAAUUUUGAAUAACUAUUUAUGAGCAAAUGGCUAAUAUUGUUUACAAUGGUUAUGGGUGUAUGAUCUUUCCAUCAUCGAUAUUAUACGCAAUUAUUAUUAAGUAUUACGUAAAAAUUAGAAAAGAGUAUUCAUAAUUGUACACACUAUUUUUUCUAAUUUUAAUUUCUAAAUUAUUCGUCUUGUUGAUUAGUGAUCUUAAAUUUUUUAAAGUUAUGCGUGAAAGAUAGCAUACAUAAGUCUUGUAUCGUUCAUUUAUAAUUGCACAAUUAUACAAAUUAUCAUCAUUAUUAUUAUUAUAUAUUUUUUUCGUAUAAAUAUUGUAAGACAGACAAUGCAAUUUUUGUGAAUUAUUAUUUUCACUAUUCUAUUAAUAUUUUAAAAGCUGUAGCUACACAUUCCAAAGAAAAUGCAGAAGAAGAGAAUAUUGUUUCUUAUUAUAUAACAUUAAAUUCCAUGUUCCAGAAUGGUUGGAAAAUUGUAAUAUGAAAUUUUUCUUUUUUUUUGUAUUUUGCAAGAUCAUUUGAAACUUUUUCUUUUUCAUAGCUGCAUUUAUUUUGUAUCAUUUUUAAGUAUUAUGUAUAACAUUGUACUUCCAUGGUGCCAGAUGUUGAUUGUUCUUUUAUAAUGAGAUAAUCUUGUCAUUAUUGUAAAUAUGAAGUAUUAUAACAAAUACAGAAAAAAAAGAAUAUUUCAUAAAAAGUAUAGAUAACAUUUGGUUAUUGAUAAGUAUCAUUGAAUAAACUCUCAUGUUAUCCAGCCCGAUUUCUAUUAAAUUUUGUAUUUAUUAUAAAAACUAGUUACAUAACUUCUGCACUGUCUAUAUACCAAUCAUUCAAAGUCGAGCAAAUAUAAUUUAAUGUUAAAUAUAAAUUAAUACAAUCUUUAUGUAUGAAAAUUUACAUGUUUUAACACAACAUUUAGUU